CUGCUGUCUGCUAUUUGUGGCUAUUAUGUGUCUAUAAAAGGAAAUCUGCAGGGCAAUACAACACACCAACAGUACACUUUGAACUUUGCGAGACGGGCUGAAAGGUGUGCAUGCUUUCGUACAUGCUUUGAUCAACAUUUGACAGAACUUUUCCUGAAUCCUGGACCCAAGCAACACUUCUAAAUGGAGAGGCAUUUGAAGCAGAAAUGGACCGUGUGAGUAAGAGUCUGGGGAAGGUUUCAAAAGGAGUGUCCUCCCAUUUGAGUUUCACAUUUUUGCCAGUGGUGCAGAAAUUACCAAUUAAAAACAUUGUUACUGAGGAGGAGAGAUCUGGAGCUUUGACAGAAAAAACUAAUAAGAACUUAACAGUGUCCCAUGAGAAGACAGCCGGGGAGAUCAUGUCGGACAGGGAGAUUUUCAAAGCAGAGAUAGUCUUUAUAAAAGACUCUGCGGAGGGUGGAGCAGGAAACACAUUCCAACCAGGGACAAAACUUCAACCUUCAACAGAUCACGUGAGCCUCUCUCAAACCAAAGCCUUUCCUUCAGUCAGCGUUCAGUCUGAAAAUACCCCCAACCAUAUAGCUGCCGGGACAGCCUCUAUGGAAACAGCUGUUGAUAAACACAGGGGCAUUUCCCAGCGGCAGAGUCACGAUACCUCUGGACUUUGUGAGGUUAGCUCGGGUUUCUUUGCAAAUAUAGCGUCUGUGUCAGAAGACAGAAUGAGCCCCACAAACUCUGCAGACUUGUUCCCCACACCGGCUUCAUCCAGAGAGUCCAUCCUCUCAGAGGACUUGGACAGAGAGAAGAGCUGGUCGGCUGUGCAGCUUUCCUCUCUCACCUCUCCUGUUUCUUUCAGCCGCACUGUUUCUCCCUGCUCAUCUGUCCGCUCCGGCAUCUUCUCCCCUACUGUCGUCCAGAUCAAGAGGCACUUUCUUGCUCCUGGCUCUAGUCUGGUUCACACCCCCUGUUUCUCAUCCUGCGAGAGUCUGUCCUCCUCUGUCUGUCCCCAGUCUCCUCCUCCUCCUCCCCGGCACCGGCCUCCUCUCACCCGACUCUCCCUCCUCACUGCCAUCCUAAGAAAAGGCCGUCUUCCUGUCCUCUCCCCUGCUCUGCAGAGGCCUUACACCCCCUGCUGGCCUGUUAGCCCCGUGACCCUGUCUUUUUGUAACGCAUGCUCAGCAGCCUCCAGUGUGGCCUCCAUUCCCCUCGAGUUUUCCUCUCGGUUCUCCUCAUCAGCAUCUAUAGAUAGUCAGAGCCACGCUCACAGGGAGCCUAUUAGAAGUGUCACAGCUCCUCCACCAAAGUCAAAUGAGCUCAGUAGAACAUGCCCUCAAACUCGAGCGAAAAGAUGCUCAAGCAGUGCGCAUAGAUGGGAGCAUGUUAUUUCACCACCACCAGCUGUAAAGAGCACACUCCCGAGAGUGCCACUGCCUCAAUUUUGCUCAAACUUCAAUUCUGUUUCCCCACUAAAGCAUAAAAGAAUAGACUGUGCAACUUCCAAAAGGCUGCAACACCCAUACAUGUCCAUUUCCAAGUCCCACGAGCUGAAGCCCAUCAUCACUGACAUUUACCUCAAGGGCCCUGCAGAUAACAACCUUAAAAAAGUAAUCUCCCCGUCCCCUGAAGAUAUUAAUAAGUUAGAGACCUCUGUGGCCCAGAAAUGGAGUCCCCUGCCAAAUUCAAGUCUUCACUCGCUUUCUCAAAAACUGAGGUCUCCCUCUGUCUCUCCUCCUCGGCUUCAGCCUUCUCAAUCACGCUCACCCGGUGUCACAAUGUUCUGUGACACGGCAUCACCACCUGUACAAAACACCACAGAAAGGUGUGAGUCAGAGAGGAGCUGCCCUGAUUCCAAAACAUCACCUGGUUUUCACAGAACUCACUGUCUGUCUCCUUCCCGCUACACACCCAUGGCUUUUCCCAGAUGGCCCUCACCCACUAACUCCCCCACGCCUACGCCCUCUCCUGCUCCACCAAUCAGAGACUUCAGCCCGUCCCCUUCUCUCUCCAUGCGCUCCACGCCCUCCCCAAGGCCUGGGAGUGGAAUAUCAGACUGCAGUGACAGGGAGGGUAAAAAAAGAAAGACACACAAAAUAAAGUUAAGCUACAAAUCGUUCGCUGCAAUUCCCACAAACACCCUUCUGUUGGAUCAGCAGACAAUAGACGAGCAAGUAGAGAGAGAAGAGAGUCCGUGUGACAGGUUGGACAGAGGUGUUGCAGACACCCACGCAGAGAUGUGCUCACCCGCUGAGCUCCGGCAGCAGUCAGAGGAGCUUUAUGCGGUUAUUGAUGAGAUAUUGGCAAAUUCCAUUCCAACUAGCAAAACAUCCCGGUCACAGCAGCCGUCCAGGUCACCGACUACAAACAUUGAUCUGCAGCAGAACAACUCAUCAUUAACAAAAUCCUUGGGACGUGAAACCAAAUAUGCGUCUGUAUGCAGCUUGCACCCAUCUACCGGUGUGGAAAGAAAGCUUAUUAAUCUGGAAAAGACAAAGCCUGGGGUUAUUCGCCCAAUGACGGCCAUUCCAAGACUGACAGUCGAGGAUGAAGAAGAAUUUCUUCCAAACCCUUUCAGGCAGUUUGUCGCCAAGAACCCGACUGACAAUAAAAAGGCACGAGGGUGACGCAAUACAACGUCGCUGUUCUACUGAUCGACAGGUGGCGGUAAUGUGCCAAGACUUGCAGCGAGAAAGAAGUAGACUGUUAGCAAGCAAACAUGAAUGUAAACACUGCAGCAGCAUUAUAAAACUAAAUCAGCUUUACAAAUGUUUUAUGAGGAAGGAAAAGAUAUACAAUUAAAACAUAACUUUUGCUUGUUUACAAUACAACUCUACAAGGCACCUUUAAUUUGGGAAUAAAGUUUGCACCUCCCACUCAGUGUACAAAGGCUGACAGAAUUACUGUAAACACAGCAGGUUUGAACACAGCUGUGUCAAAGAUGCUGCUUCUACCGGCCUUGGCAGAGGAAAAGUGAGCCUCAAAACAAACCAUAACAACAAAAGAAGAGAUUGUUUGAUCAAGGGGUUUGUAUUCAACACCUGAACUACCUUUAUGCUGCAGUUGGCUUGUUUCUCUGUGUGCUGUGUGUAACUGAACUAUGUGCUACCUUCAUGUUUGUCAAAUCCUCUCGUUGGCUUUAAUUUUGUCCAUAAGGAAGAGCCUCGCCGACAUUUAAAAGUCUUUACUCUUUCGCAGCUUUACUAGAAAUUGGAAAAUAUUCUGUUGCCACUUCCUUUAGCGCUUGCCACUGCACAUCCACAGACAGUCCAGCUACUGAAUCUGAAAGGGAACACUUUUUCUUUUUAGACAAGUGUGGUGAUCCCUGUGAUGUUCAUUUCAUGGCGGUGGGAUGACACAAAUCCCAUUAAAAAGUGAACCUCAUGAGUAUAACAUGAGACUGGCUGGUAUAACCUCCACAGUCUGCAGAAAUGAGUAUUUUGAUGUGGACGGAUGGGCAUAUGCAGCAUUUGAAACACAUUUGUCUAUAGUGCAGCAGUACAGUGGAAUAAUCCGACCAAAAAUCUGAAACUGAGUGUUUCACUGAACACGUUUAUAGUGGCGUUAAAGAAAUGGCUACAAAGCAAAUGAAGAAUUUUCAGUUUCCAUUCUAUUUUGUUAUUUUUAUAACAAAGAAAGCAAAUAGCAUGUUGACAUAGCUACCCUGCUGCCUGCUAUUAUAUGUUGAUUGUAUUGUUUGCACUUGUCUCAAUUGUUGUGCUGUUUUAUCUUGUGGCUUGAUAAGUGUUUUACUAGAGGAUCACAAUGGAAAUAAGCUUUUAGACAUUAUUGUGUUUUUAUCCUCAGAGAUUCUUAAUGUUGGCCUAUAGAAUUACUGCUGUGCAGUGUUAUAUGUGCUUUUUUAAAUCAUCAAAUAAAUCAAUCAAUCAAACAAACAAAGACCAGAGUUCUCAUCCCUGACUAUUUAGACAAUAUAGCAGACAACACAUCAGUUUGAAGCAUCAAAAUUACAUUGAUAAGCCCAAAGGUCCUCCCAGAAUUGUAUAGUAGGUGAUUGAAGUCACCUUGCAAUCCAAAAGGUGAGUGUCAAUUAUAAUGAAAUAAACAAUGAAUAUUCAUCCCACCGCAAACCUUAAGCAGCUGCAUGGGGAACUAAUUUCAAGCAAUUUCACAGUGGGCUGAAAUCAGUCCUUAAUGGAAACCAAUAGAAACUGAUUAGAAAUUACUGUUAUUUUUAAUUUUUCCUCUUGCCUCUCUUACUAUAAAUGGAUGGACCUGAAAACCAUUGUGUCCGUUUCUAUUUCAGGUGCACAGUAUGAGUCAUGAAGAGGCAGGAACAGAUUUUUACACAACGUUGAGAGAAGAGUGGAAGCCUGAGAGAAGAGGUCCAUU